UUGAACAUAAAUUAUGACUGUCAGUUACGUAAAUGCAAAAUUUACAUCCCAAAUAAUUAUAUCUUGCGUAUUAGCUUACUAAAUACAGCAAAAAAUUUUAAGCUGCCGAUAUGUGCUCAAACUUCAAAUCUAAAAACAGCCGUUUUUGAAGCACAAUAAAACUGUGAUCAUGAAUUUAUUCAGCUUGCUUAUCGGAAGACACCGACGUUUGAAAGGACCUACGCGAUAUGCACUAGACGCGGAAGAGACGGAGGGUCUGAACAUGGGAUCUUUUAUGUUGGAAACUGGUGACAAUGCUCCUACUCUUUCAAAAGAUGGUCGGAGUAUUCGGGCGGCUAGUGAAGCACCAAAAAAUGGAUAUCAUAGAAACUCGCUAAAUGGUGAAAUUGCAUUUGUUGCCAGCAAAACCUGCCGAUGCGUCUGCAAAGAUCAAAAUAGCAGUCAAAAACGUCUUGUGGAAUCCCAAACGCACGUCGACAGCAAGUCUACCGCCAAUAGUUCAUCCAAUUUCAUAUCAGCUGAAAUGUUCCAUGAGGCGAAAGAAAUAAUUGAAAUGGUCAAAUGUGGAGAUGAAAAAACUUCUAACGGCAAAACAAACAUCAAAACAGAAGAAUCUCCUGCUGAGAAUGUUGAUUUGCUAAUGGAUAACAGCAGCAUAUGCUCCGACUUUGAAUCAAUAGAACAAAAGCCACUUCAUUUAAAAUAUUCUUUUUCAAGAGAAAAUAGUUUAGAGUCACAAUAUGUUGCACUGGAUGGCUACCAUUGCGAUCCAUGUUGUAAAUCACUCCCUCAAAGAAGAAAAAUUCGCACUGGUUUCUACAGCGAAUUUAACAAUAUCAGCGCCGCUCCCAUGUCAAUAAUCGGAAUUUUAAUACUUAUUUUGUAUUUACUACUUGGUAUGGUAAUUUUCCACACAGUUGAGCAACAAGGAGCUGUUCGCGUGACCUCAGAAAACGACUUUUUGCUGUUCGAUUUCAUACAAGAGUGGCUGGAGCGAACCUACAACGCGGAGUUCUCAAAUGUGACCGAGUUUCUGGCAGGGGCGCUGAAACAGUUGCGACACAAUUCGACCGAGUUGGAAAAAUAUUGGGAGUCAAAACUGGGCAAAGAGACUAUCUGGACAUGGCCCAAUGCUUUAUUCUACAGUUUCACUGUCGUCACAACUAUUGGGUACGGAAACAUAGUGCCAACCACUUCACUCGGUAAAACCAUCACCAUCAUUUAUGGAAUUGUAGGAGUCCCCCUUUUCUUCAGCGUCGUCUCCUACUGGGGGGAGAUUGUGCACCAACUGCUGGUCAAGUUUGAAAAACUUCUUCUCUUGAGGAGCAAAACUGUGGCUAAGUCGAUUCCUACCCAGUCCCGCAAAAUCAUUGUCAUCAUUAUAUUCCUUCUGAUUUUUUACGGGCUUUUCGUCUUCGUAGCCGCGACCCUGAUUGACACUUUCAGACAAGACGAAAUGGGUUUUGUUACGUCAUUGUACUUCUGUUACAUAACAAUCAGUAGCAUUGGUUUUGGAGAUUACUCAUUGUUGACUUAUGACGAUACAUUAGCGACAUGGCUGAGCUACUUCAGCUUUAUGCUCUAUGUUUUUUUAUCUGCAGUUGGUUUGGCUGGUGUUGUUAUUUUUAGAGUGUACAGUUGUACAGAUAACUAUGUUUUAUUAGCCGAUGAAAUAUCGUGAAUUAUGGUAGUGAUUUUAAUUCCACUCAUGUACAAUUGUUGUAUAUUGUUUUAAAUCGUCUACUAGAUACUGUAGCAAAACCCCGAAUGUUCCGACUGUCUUUACAUUUGUGAAAUUUUUAUUAACAAAAAUCAUACAAUUAGUUAAAA